GCUGAGAGAGACCCAUUUAUAUCAAGGCCUGAAUUCUAGAUAUGUCUCACCUAGUCCUGUAACUGGGGCUUUCUUUCUAACUCUUCAUCGUCUAGGUUGUUGGUUUUGUUGAUUUUGAACUGACUAAUUGGUUAAUGUACAGCUAGCCCUCCAUAGCAAUAUAACCAAGCAUUGGGCGUGCUGGACAGAAAGCUAUAAAGCCGUGCGAGUGUCUAGAAAAUGUUGAUUCUCAUGCUUAAUCGUCUCAAUCCUCUGAGAUACCUAGACCCGCGAUAAUGAAAGCCUUCAAUUACAUCUGGUUCUUGGCCGCCGGCCUUCUGGCUCGGGCCCAACCCGACGAAUCCCCACUCGAGGGAUAUACCAUUGAGGAAUUCUCGUGGGAAGUCGAGACAACGCCCGGCGGCUCAACCGUCGUCCUGAACGGCACAGUCGAGCAAGUCCUCUCUCAGCUGCGCGACAUCAACCCCAACUACGACGCCGAGUUUGCCAUCCCUGCCGAUGAAGUUGAACAGCCUGUGGAGGAAGAAGACGCUUCCUCGCACCUGACGAAGCGCGGCGACGUUAAAUGCGGAGGCUAUCCGAAGGCUAGACGGGUCCACAUUGAACAGGGCAUCAAGUACUUGAGGGGUGUUCCUGGCAAGCCCCAAAGAGGACCCGGCCCCGGCAGCUGCGGCCAGGUCAGCUGCUCUUGGUCUUCAGCUAUUUGGUGGUGUAAUGAUAACACUUUCACCAAGGUGCUACCCAGCUUCAACAAUAUUGCGGACGGGGCGCAACUUAUUAAGAAUACUUGUCUUCAUGGUGGCCAGAUGUUUUCGGGCCAAGAUUCCCAUAAUGAUAAGUGGAGUACUAUCGUUCGUUGGCACAAGUGUUAGUUAGCGGAGAGUGUGUGCGCUGGUGGGUUUUCUAACCCAGAAGGGGUGAAGCAAGAUAGUGCAUUGGAAUUGGGGCGCGGCCCAGUUAGCAGGCGGGCAGGAUUAGAAUCAACGUACAUUAGAAUUAAAGUUUCUAAUAGACUGGCAUUUGGC